AUGGAGAGAUCUCAGCUGCGGAAUCGGAAUUACACGGUAGAUGGAGAAGAGGAAGAAUCGUCCGCGGUGGCUGGUCGGAAUUCGACGACGGACCGGCAGAGGAUGGUUGUGACGGAAGCGGAGCUGGAAUUGUUUUUCAGCAGUAUGAACGGCGGGAAACAGGAACUGAAUCGAUUGAAUGAGAAAUUGAGGGGGGACUUAGACGGAUGGUGAUUCUCUGUUUCUUUGGCUUCGGAUUAUGUGUACGGUGGCGACGGAGCUUUUCCACGGAGACAGGCUGGAAAGUCUUUGCAUUCGUUGGGAGAAUCGCUAAGCACCUUCAAGCCUCAAGGAUUCCAACGAUUCCAACAGGACAUACGGAGUGAGGGGACGACGCAGACGGAGCCGCGGAAGCCGGGGUCGUCGGAGCUGAUCUCGACCCGGUCGACGGGUUUGAAUUUGGCGAUCCACGAAGAGGAUGUGCUCCACUUCGACAUUUCCAGGUGAAGAAACGGAUGGAUGUAGAAACUAAUU